UGUUUCGUUUGAAAAGUAAGAUGUAUUAAAAUUCAAAAUUAAUUGGCUAGAAAGGGACUCAAUCCUAUGGAUAUGUAAGAUACAGAUUUCCAAUCCUAGCAAGAAAGGGAAAUAGAUACUCAAUUUAAAGUGAUAAACAUAAUUUCAUACUCGAUCUCGUGGAUACAUAUAGGAGUAGUUUUUUGCGGAAAGCCAUAUCCGAUGUCACCACUGAUCUACCCAUGUACAAUGGAAACUAGGUAGAAAAAAAUUGUGAAAAUUGGUCUCCGUGAUACAUCGCCUUAUGAAUAACUACAUCAUGUAAAAAUUGGUCUACACGAUACAUCACCUUGUGAAGAACUAGAUCAUGUAAACACUGAAAUUACCUUACGCUUUGGUGGCUUGGUUCCUCAUGUCAUGGUUAUGGAUCAUGAUGGACUGCAUGGGCAUUUCUAUGUUAUUACAGGGUCUAUUACAGCAUCAUGAGGAAAUUGUUGAGUACUUCAAAAGGAGAGGUGUUUCUGCAAUUUUUCUCUUCAGAAGAAAUCUUUUGCGCAGAAUGGUUUCGAUACUAGCAAAUUCCUAUGAUCAGAAUGCUAAGAUGUUAAACGGAACCCAUAAGUCUCAUGUGCAUUCUCCUGUGGAGGCUGAGAUACUCGCAAGUUACAAGCCUACGAUAAACACAACCACGUUGAUCACUAACCUAAAACAAGUACAGGAUAUGGCUGCUAACGCUUUGGAGUACUUUAAGAGCACGCGGCAUAUAAUCUUGUUCUAUGAGGACAUAAUAAAAAAUCGGACUAUACUGAAUGAUGUGCAAGAUUUCCUGAAAGUUCCAAGAAUGGACCUCCAUAGUCGUCAAGUGAAGAUACACAAGGGGCCAUUGUCUUCACAAGUUGAAAAUUGGAGCGAUGUUGAAAAGACGCUCGAGGGAACAUCUUAUCAAAGCUUCCUACAUGCAGAUUACAAAAUAUAAAUGUGCAGUCCUUGUGUAUAUGUAGCUUGUGUUGUUUGACUUUAUUCUUUCAUUAUUUAUGUGUAAGCAGAAGCUAAAAGGGGAACUUCUGGUUAAGAUUUUGGUUGCAGCAGGCUGUCUUCGAGUUCCCAAUUUUGGGUAUGUAUUUGACUCUUCAUGUUAAAUAGGUUUUCUAAGCUGACUGAAUGAAAUUAGCAAUUUUGAUCUCGAA